AUGUCCGUAAAUCAUAAAUUCAAGGACGGAGAGGCAGUACUGGUUCGCAUGUUCGGCACAUCAAACAAAUGGGCGCCUGCUAUAAUUACAAGUACCAUUGGCUCAUCUACCUACUUGGCCAAACUUGAAACAGGAGAAACAGUUCGACGAAGUGCUGAUCAAAUUCGACAUACUACUCCGACGACAACUGUAGUUUCAACAACUCCGGAAAUACCACAAAUCUUACAUUACGAACUGGAGAGCGAAAAAUCUAUCCCAUCCCAAGUUCAAUUGAGACGAUCCGAACGAAAUCGCAGACCUCCCGAUUUUCUGAAAUAUAAUUGA